AUGUUUUUCAAGUAAAAUUUGAAGUUAAUAAAGCUUUGGACGGUUUUUUGGAUUUGGUUAGUAACCUAAAUUUGAUAAUUUAUUGAAGAAAGAUAAUCUAACAAUUGAGUGUAUUUUUAAUGAAGAUGAUAUUCUUCAAGAAUUGAAAGGUACAAGUUCUUCAAAAUUUGCUGAUUUGUAUAAGAUCUAUAUGAUUUUAGCUUAAUUAAACACCCCUAAGAAUAUUUAAAGAUGAUCAAUUAUAUAGUUGAAGAGAUUCCUGAUUAAUGUACAGAAAAAAAUAGAUGUGUGAAGUAUCCAUUUUAUGGAAGUGAGAUAUUGGGAUCUGAAAAUGAUAAAUUAAUAAACUUUUUAUUUGAGAAACCAACUGAGGAAUCAUAAGAAGAUGUAAGAAAUCCAAUUGAUGAUAAUGAAGAGACUGAAUAAAUAGAAUCAUUAGAAUAAAAUAAUAAUAUACAAGAGAAUGAGAUAAUUAGAGCAGGUUUAUUGGAUAAUUUAUUAAAAUUGCUUGAGAGUGAUUCUAUAAUAAUAACUACAGCAGGAUAUUUUGCUAAAGUUAUUAAUUCAAUAAUCAAUAAGAAAGGAUAUUAUGUAAAUAAUUAUAAUAAAUAAUAAGUUUUGGGAACAUUUGAAGCAUUAUCCAGAUAUCAUUUCAAAUUUAUUUAAACAUUCUUAUUUAAAACAUAUUGUAGAUAUUUUUGAGAAGUUAAUAAUAAUGGAAGAAAAUUAUGAUUAAUCAACUGAAUAUAUGAAUGAAAGAUUAGCUUUACUUUAAAGACUGGUUGUUUUUUUAAAAGGAAAAUAACAUUCUUCUGUUAUUGUUGGAAAUAUAUGUGAAUUAUUUGUAGAAUUGUAUAGAAAAUCUAUUUAUUCAUUCGAUAAUUAGUAAUAGGAAUAUAAAAAUAUGUUAGUUUAAUUUACAAUUACAACAACACCUCUAUUUUUUAUGAAUUUAGCAUAAGCUACAUAAUAGAGUGUAGUUUAUCAAAUUCUUAAUGUUUAAUUUGAAUUUCUUAAUAAAUUUUAACUUUCAGAUUAAUCAAAUGAAGUUAAUAUCAAUUUAAUCUAACUUUACAAACCAGUAAUUUAAUUAUUAGAAAAAGCAAUAAUCUAAGUUGAUAUUUUUAAGAUUCCAUUUAUUUCUGCAGAUGGAAUUGAAGUAAGACCAUUAGGAGAUGCUAAAUUAUUUAUAAUCUAAUUAAUUGUUUAAUUAAUCUAAAAAUCAGAAUUCUAUCGUCAUUUUACUGCUGAAUUAUUUUGUUAAAUUAUUAAUCUUGUGAAAUUACAUCCUAAUAAUAAUUAAUUACAUUUAUUAUUUGAAAAGUUAAUUGUUGAGCUUUUUGAAAAAAAUGAUGAAUUCUUACACAGAUUGAUACUUGAUGAAGCUUAACUUUUAUAGUUUAUUAUAUAGAAUAAUGAUGAAAAAGCUAGAUAAAAUAAAUAUGGAUUCAAAGGAAUUUUAACAAGAUUAUCUAAUUAUUUAAAUAGCAAUAAAAAUAAAUCAAAUUUAUUUCAAGUCAGUUAAUAUUUAUGUAUUAAAUUGUUUUAUACUAUUAGUAACAUAGAUGUAAAUAGAUUGGGAUGAAUAUAUGAAAGGAUUGGAAAGAGUAAAUAAAAUAGAGUAAGAAUGGAUUUUGGGUAUUAAUCCUAGACAAAAAGAAUAAAAAAUUAUAGAAGAAAUUAUUAGCCCAAAUAUUUAAGAAGAAAAUUAAGAAUAAAAUCAUAUAAUCUAAGGAAUUAGAAAAUGUAUUAGUUCUGAUAAUAAUGAUGUUAUAUAACCAAAAGAUGUUGAUAAUGAAGAUUUUGAAAUUGAUGAAGAAAUUUAAUUAGAUUUUCAAGAAAAGUAAAAUUAAGAUGAAUAAAUUCAAGAAAAAGAAUAACAUAUAAAUGAAGAAUAAGAACAUUAAAAAGAUCUUGAAGAAGUUAUUGAAAGUUAAAAUAUUGAAAUUAAUUAAACGGAUUAAGAUAAGAAUUAGAUAAUCGUUGAAAAUAAAUAAGAAGAAUAAGAAUCAAAUUUAAAUUAAUAAGAAAAUCAAAAAGAUUCAAAUAUCCUCAUUGAUAAAUCUAAAGAUCAAGUUCAAGAUUAACAAUAAUUAAAUGAUAAUCUAGAUAUAUCAGAAGAUCCAUAAAAAUUAUAAGAAUAAGAACCAGAGGAAACUUAGGAAAUUAUUAAAGAAUAGGUUUAAAUAAAAGAGGAUAAUGAAGUAGAAAAAGAAGAAAUUUAAGAGGAAAUUGUUUAAUCAUAAGAUGCUUUAGAGGAUUAAUCUAUUAAGAAUGAAGAAGAAUAAUAAAAAUAAAAUAUAGAAUAGGAAAACUAAAAUAAAGAGGAACCUAAACAAAUAGAAUGA